CUGGCGGGCAGCCUGGCCUUGUUAGCCUAGCUGGCUCGCUCCGCACUACUACCACACCGCCCGGAUCUGGCAUCGUGGUUCCGAAACAGGGCGCGCAAGGGGCGAUCGGCUCCCAGAUGGGACGAGGAGCUGUGGUAGUUGGCAGAUUGGUGGCGGGAAGGCCUGCUUGCCUGCCUUGCCUGUUUGCCUGUUUGCCUGUUUGCUUGCUUGCUUGGGUCGUGCAAGCCUAAAUGCCUACAUACAAUACAUACAUACAAACCACUAGUUACUACUAUCCACUAUUCAGCACCAUGAGCACGCAACACGCACUACUCCCACCUUGCCCGCCCUACCCAGCCACCUUCUUACCCUACACACCACGUACUCACUCACAGCAAUCCAUCCGCCCUCCUCUCAUCUCCUCCUCGCACUCCCACACCCAGCCACCAAACAGCACAGCACACAUCACACCACCGCUCCCCUCACAACACCACCACCACCAACACCCGACGCGCGUCGCACCAACGCGUCCAACGUCUAUAGAACCAGCCCAUACAGCACCCUACCCUAGCGCCAAGCCCUCUUCCACGGAACGCAGCAGCCCAAGGAGCGCGCCGCCCAGCCCUAACAGCACGCCUCGCGCCACCCACCACCGCCUCCAGAACGGCGGCCGAAGCCCCAUCCCGAGCCCCCGGCCCCGGCAGCGAUCGCGCAUGCGUGAGCACCUAUGCCAAUUUUACGCACCCAACUCUAUUAUUCCCCAGUUAGGUGGCUAUAGUUAUCCAGGUACAGCCUACAAGACUGCGACGAUGCUGCUCAAGCAAAACUGACGCCGAGCUCCGAGGCACCCAAACAUGGACCACAGACGUGCGCGGGCCGCUGCGCCCGCCGCUGUGGCCGUGCCGCCUCCCGCGCCGCGCUGCCACGCUUUUCGCUUCUCGCACGCUCUUUGCUGCUUUGCACGCGCGCGGUCAGGGG